AGCUGAGCUCGGGCUCUGAUCUCAGUUCCUUCCUUGAAACCUAGUCUCGUCCAGUCAGUCCAGCUGAAGACCUGACGCUCCCAUCUGCGAUGUUCACCCCGCCGGUCGGUUCCUCCACAGCCACAGACACGCCGGAGCUGCAAUGAAGGCAGGGGCCUCGUCCUUGUGGGCUUCAUGCUGUGGUCUGCUGAAUGAGGUCAUGGGUACAGGGGCCGUCCGAGGCCAGCAGCCGGGGUUCGGGGCCGGUGCUGGACCCUUCCGAUUUGCACCCAGUGCGGGAUACUCCACAUACCCCCCCACCAGCUCAGGGAGUCCCAAUCCUGUAUGCAAGAACUGUGGCCAGGCCUUCUCGGUCUUCAGGAGGAAGUAUAUUUGCUGCGACUGCACGAAGGGCUUCUGCUCGAUGUGCUCCGUGCUUCAGGAGAAUCUGCGCAUUUGUGCCACAUGCCAUUUGCUGAAAGCCACAGCCUUUCAGCGCCCUCGGCUCAUGCGUCUACGAGUAAAAGACCUGCGGCAGUACUUGCUGCUGCGCAACAUCCCCAUCGAUACCUGCAGGGAAAAGGAUGACUUGGUGGACUUGGUGCUCUGCCAUCAAGGCAUUGAGGAGGAGGAGGACCCUGACACGGGCAGCUUGCACUCACGUUCCCUGUAUACCCCUUCUACCACACAAUCUGCCUCUGAGCUGUCGGCUCUUGUCACCCCUCAGGAGGAGCCGCUCAGCAGGAGUGAUAGCUCUGAUACGAACCAGGAUAUAGGUGACGCGACGUCUGUGUCUCUCCUUAACGUGGAUCCCAGUGAACACACCCCUGAGGUGAGUCCUCUGACGCGGCGUCGGGCCAGAGCGUCGCUCACGGACAUUUCCAGCUUGAGGGACGUAGAGGGCCUGUCCGUCAGGCAGCUGAAGGAGAUCCUGGCCAGGAACUUUGUCAACUAUUCAGGGUGCUGUGAGAAGUGGGAGCUGGUGGAGCGCGUCAGCAGACUGUACAGAGAGACGGAGAAGAACAGGAAAUCAUUGGAAAAAGACAGCAGUAAUGUAACCACAGAUGGCGUGAAGGGUCCACUGACGACUCAGGACGACAACCUCUGCAGGAUCUGCAUGGACGCAUCCAUCGACUGUGUUCUUCUGGAGUGCGGUCACAUGGUCACCUGCACCAAGUGCGGCAAGAGGAUGAGCGAGUGCCCGAUCUGCAGGCAGUACGUUGUGAGGGCCGUGCACGUCUUCAAGUCCUAAUGCACGGCAGCACCGCAGCACGUGCUUCAGAGCUGCAGCUCCGACUGAGACUGGACCUUAACUCAACCAUGCAGCUCACAACCUUUGAAUCCCCAAAAGACUCAUUUUGUGGACGUCUCAUGUUUGUAUUCACGUUAUUUGCACAUUAAGAGAAAUGUGUUUUCAUUAAGAAUUUGACUCUUUGCUUUCGCCAGUGGGCAGAGCGUAGGCUCAUAUCCUCUUGCGACUCAUUCCUCAAGUAAACAUAUCUAUAAUCUGUGCUCAUUCCUAAGUGUCAGUUUUGCUUUUCUUACAAUUUUUCAACACAAAGAAUGUGUGGCCCUCGGCCACGUGCAACCUCGUUUUAACACAACUCAUCACCCUCAGAUCAGCCACAAACUGUAGCUGGCCCUCAACUCUGCGUGUUCUUUAGAGCACUUCUCUUUUACAACUGCUGCAAGGGAAUACAUAUCUUAGUAACACUGAGGACAGACUUACACUGAACCGGAGCACAGGAGAGUUAGUUGCCAAACAAUGGGUCACACACUCACACUUCUCACCCAUUGUCUUUUCCCUGGUCGACUGUGUGGGUCAGUGUGUGACUGUUGGUUGUUUGAACAGAAAGCACUUUGUUCACUCUCUGUGUUGAUGCACCAAACUGCAAACCCUGAGCAGAGGCUGAGGUGCACGUGUUUUUAAUCCCAGUCAUUUUUAUUCAAGUCAGUGUGAAAAGAGAAGUAGAAAUCAUUGAGCUUGUGAUUGCUUUUCGAGUUAAACUCUUUCCCAGCCCAGAAAUGAGCUGGUGAGGAUCCGAUGACUGAUGAUGAACUUAACAUUUCAUGUCUUUUAUUAUCUUCACUGAUUUUGCUUUUAAAAAUAUGUUAUUGUGAUGCACGACAUGUUGAAAGGAUCAUGCAAACUCUUGCAAUUACAGCAAUACAGUAGUUAACCUCCUCCGCCGUCACCUCUGCCCUGUCUCUGCACUUACAUGGAGACAGGACACAACAACCGGUGCUAACUCAUCCCUUCAUCCUUUACCGUUUUCCAGCUGAACUGUGGAUGUGAAACUGAAUGUUCUUUCUGUCGUCGUUGUGUCGGGAGUGGAAUGAAGUGUCUUAAGGCUUUUCAGUUGAUUCUCUCUCAUGUAGGAGUAAUAUAUUGAACUAACUAUUCAAAGAUAUAGCGCGAGUUUACUGACACCUGUGGUAUAGAAAGUAUAUAGAAAUAAUGCUAAUGUACAUAUGCAUAUAUUGACUCAUAUGAGAUGUGUAUAUAUAUCUAUAUUUUUUCCAUUUGAUUUGAGAUUGAGUAAUCAGAGAUUGUGGGAUUGGGUGAGUUUAUUAUUACAGAGUUAUGUUUACCUGUCAAGUGGUUUGACGUGUUUAAUCUGCAUAGGUUUGCUUGAACUAUCUGUCCCUGUUGAAACAGAGCAUGACAAGAACCCAAACCCCCCCGGACGCUGGUCAUGUUAUAUUCCACCAUCUUCUCCAGCUGCAGAGCUCUAUUUCCUGGUUUUACAUUCCUCUGCUCAUUUGAGCCGUAUCCAUCUCUCUACUGUACCCACACAAAUUCAAAGUUGCUGCUAUUACAGUAAAGAUGUCCCCCUACAAUCAUGAAGAGGAGCAGGUUGCACUUUUAGUUUAGUGAGGGUAUAUGUGUGCAAGGUUUGUCUUCGUAUUUGGGAAUGUCAAACUUUUUAUUUUGUUAAUUAAAGAUUCAAUAACAAA